AUGCAGCAUGAGUUGAACGACAACAACCUCCCAACUGAGCCGACAUCUGUGACAGCUCAUGAGGCAGCAAGUGCCGGUUGGCAACGCCUGCUGCCUAAAACGGGGCGGAGUUAUUACCCGCGCCUGUGGAAACAGCGACCGGCACUAACUGCACCAGAACAGACACAAACCCCAAGAGCCCACUGCCACAUAUAUACCCUUAGGAAAACCUCAGAAGGAGGGAGUAAAGGUGCUUACACACCUGUGGUGCUUCGGGGUCGGCGGGCGGCUCUCCCGCGACGGCGCUGCUGCUCGGACUCGGCUUCUCGCAGGGCUCCCCGGCCACCAGCUCCUCCGCGGGCACGAUGGGCAGCGGCGGCGGCGGCCAAGCGGCCUCGGCGGUCAAGCGGGGCGGCGCCGCCACGCACAGGUUGUAGGAGUAGGGCAAGGUGCCCUCGCAGAAGUCGGCCGGGAAGGCGGCGCCGGCCAGCGACAAGCGCUGCGCGCCCAGGCAGCGCAGCACGGCGGGCGGCCCGGCCCGCCGCAGCCGCGCCAGCACGGCCAGCGCCACGCUCAGCACCAACAGCGCCGACAGCAGCGCCAGCGCCAGCACCAGGUAGAACUGCAGCUCGCCCGCCGCCUCGGCGCCCGCCGCCCGCUCGCUCAGCUCCGGCAGCGCCUCCUGCAAGCUCUCGGCCAGCACCACGUGCAGCGUGGCCGUGGCCGACAGCGCCGGCUCGCCGUGGUCCUUCACCACGGCCACCAGGCGCUGCUUGGCCGCGUCCCUCUCCGACACGGCCCGCGCCGUGCGCACCUCGCCGCUCUGCAGCCCCACGCGGAACAGCGCCGGCUCCGACGCCUGCACCAGCUCGUACGACAGCCACGCGUUGCGCCCCGCGUCCGCGUCCACCGCCACCACCUUGCCCACCAGGUACCCGGACGACGCCGAACGCGGCACCACCUCGAAAGCCGAACCCACCGAGCCCGGCGACGAUCCCGACGCCGCCGGCGGGGGCGGGUAGAGCACCCGCGGCGCGUUGUCGUUCUGGUCGAGCACGAAGACGCGCACCGUGGCCGUCGAGCUGCGCGCCGGCGACCCGCCGUCCUGCGCCCGCACGGCCACCGAGAACUCGCGGCACUGCUCGUAGUCCAACGAGCGCUGCGCGUACACCGCGCCGCUCCGCGCCUCCACCGACACCAGCGGCGCCGCGCCCGCCGCGCCCGCGCUGCCGCCCGACAGCCAGUAGCUCACGCGCCCGUUCGCGCCCGCGUCCAAGUCCCGAGCCACAACGCGCAACACCAGCAAGCCCACCGCGUUGUUCUCCCGCACGUACGCGCUGUACGACGCCUCCUCGAACACCGGCGCGUUGUCGUUCACGUCCGACACCUCCAGCACCAGCUCCCUGCUGCUCC